CCGCGGCGCAGGUUAGUUUCGUUGGCUGGGCUGCCGUUCAGUUGUACUUUAAAGCAAGAGAGAAGAAGUCUUACAAGCUUUGCUAAUCUUUUCAGUUUCAGAAAUGGCGUACUUUGGCAGGAAAUCUCGCCCUAAGCAAAGGGCCUCUCCACUAGAGUUGCUAGCAGAAGGAACUGAGUUCUUGCAGUUCCUUGAACAACAAAACCUCGCCACUCAAGAUAUGACCAAGCAACAACUGAAAAGCACAUACGAGGGGGACUACACGAGAUCUAAGCCUCUAUGGCGCCGUCGUAAGGGCACUGCGUUUUCGCAAGUGCUCUAUGUUCUAAGGAACCAUAACAAGGUUCAAGUUGGGCGCUCAGGGAACGUCGUCAUCGGAACGGGAGAGUUUCUUGUGGCCAGGGGGACCACGGCGGUGGACCAGCAUCUCGGGAUGCGCGACUUGCAGUCCCAACUGGAGGCGCAAGGAGACGCAGAUGACGGUGCAACAGAGACGGCCCUUCCUUAUGACCCUGCUCUCCGGGAGCAAAAACUGCUGAGUUGGAUCAAGAACCACAGAGACGCCUUGGUAAGGAACAAGUUCAGCGUCGAAGUGAGCUGCGAGCAGGACGCACAGAAUGGUCACAUCGACAUUCCCCUCCAGAGGCGCGCUCCCUUCAACACACGUCUGACGGUCAGGAACACGUCCAGAUACAGUGUCCAGCUCCUUGGCUGUGAGAUGGUGUGGAGGAAGCCGCAGUUCCAGCUUACGGACGAAGAUCACGUGGCAAGCGGCUUGGGAGAACACCUCCUGGGACCAGGAGAGGAGUAUGACAUAAACCUGCGUGUCCGCCCCAUCCGCGGAUACACGCGCCACUUUGUUCCCGUCAUCUUCCACUUCUGUCGCCGACUGGACAACAAGAACUUCCACAUCGCCAGGUUCCUGUCUGCCGGGAUAGAUGACGACCUCAUCCGGUCCCUGGCGCCUACUGAGCCCUACAGGCCCCCGCCCAGGGUCUACCGGGUCGAGAGAGGAACCCAGGAACUCGAGGGAGUGAAGCCUGAUCCGUAA